AUGAGUGAUGAAUGCGUGUAUAUAUCGGAUGCCCUUCUUUUAUCAGAAGAAUACUCUUUAUCUGAUGAUAGACAACUACUACAAAUUGGCGACGAGGAUUCCAAGAACUCAUGGAGAGGUAUAUUUCAUAAUUACAAAGCAAUCUCGCGUGAAACAAGACGUGUGAAUUUUCGAAUCAAAACAACAAAUUUUGUUGACUCUUACUGUGCGAAAGGAAACUUUGCUAGGCUGUCCUUUGUAAUUUCAAGCGAUAGUUAUACUUCCAUACCACCCUUUGACCCAAAUGGAGAACCGACUUCAGUUGGUCAACGAUGGACGAAAUGGCAGACCAGUCUUAAAUACUACAUACUAGCAAGUGGAGUUAGGGAUGAUGAAAGAAAGAGGGCAAUUUUACUCCACAUGAUUGGACCUAAAUGCCAGGAAAUAUUUGAAACUUUCUCUGAUCCUGGAACAACAUUUGAAGAAGCCCUCCAUAAAUUUGAUGAACAUUUUUCAGUCAAAAAGAACAUACCUUUCGAAAGGCAUAAAUUUCACCAAGCCUCACAACAAGUAGGGGAAAGUACGGAUCAAUUCAUUACCCGUCUACGACAACUUUCCUUAUAUUGUGAAUAUGGAUCAGAAACUGACAAUGAAAUCCGAGACAUGGUCAUAGCAAAAACAUCGAAUAUUAAAUUCCGCAAACGUUUACUUAUGGAAACUGAUUUGAAUCUCCAGAAAACACAGGACCUUGGACGACUUUUUGAAUCUGCAGAACACCAAAACAAAGAAAUAGCUAAUGGUAAACAAACACAACAUGACACUGAAGAAGAAAGCUCUGAACAAAUCAACAAACUACAUGGGCGUAGACCACCUCAUCGUAGCCAUAGGAAACACAAUGCACCACCACAUCGGAACAACCCAACCAAAUCAUUCAACAAACCAGAAUGUGGUCGCUGUGGUAUGAAGAACCACAAAAGUCAUGAAUGUCGGAGAUCAAGAGAUAAAACAUGUAACAAAUGUGGUAUUAAAGGACAUUUUGCAAAAAUGUGCCGCACCAAAAAUAAACAGCAAGUUCAUCAAACCAACCAUGAAAACUCUGAUGACGAAGAUGAGGAUAUCUACCUAUACAAGAUGAACACUACGAAGUCAAAUAACUUCCCCGUUCUAGUAAACAAUAGCGAAAUGACUGCUAUCAUUGAUUCUGGAAGCACAACAAAUAUCAUCGAUUUUCGAACCUAUAAACGCUUAUUCAGCAACAUCCAGCUUCAGAAAUCCAAUGCCCGAAUCUACCCAUACAAUGCUACUAAGAAGCUCCCAAUCACUGGUACCUUCAAAGCUACAGUUGCAGCAAAUCACCAUAAAAUACUAGCAAAAUUCUACGUAAUACCUGGUCAAGGAGGCAAUUUACUUGGUCACAAAACAGCUGAGCAGCUAGAUCUAUUACGAAUUGGACCAGCUACAACACCCAUCAACCAUAGAACAUUCCAGUUAGGUAGCAGAAGUCUGUCAAAAGGCAUACCAGUAUCAACAGAACAAGUCCUCAACAAAAACAACAAGGUAUUCAAAGGAAUGGGAAAACUUAACAACUUCAAACAGAAACUCCAUAUUGAUCCAGAUGUCACCCCCAUCCAGCAACCAACUAGGAGACUGCCGUUUCACACCAGAAAGAAAGUUGAAGCAGAGCUCGAUAGACUGCUGAAAUUAGAUAUCAUUGAGCCAGUUAAUGGACCAACUUCGUGGGUUUCACCAAUUGUCGCAGUACCUAAGAAAAAUGGCAAAAUUAGAUUGUGUGUGGACAUGCGCAGAGCAAACACUGCCAUUAUCAGAGAGAAGCAUCCUAUUCCAAAACUGGAAGAAAUCCUACCAUUAUUAAAUGGAGCCACUGUCUUCUCAAAAAUUGACCUGCGAGAAGGCUACCAUCAAAUUGAGUUAGCCGAAGAAAGCAGAAACAUUACUGCCUUCAUUACCCAUAAAGGAAUUUUCAGAUACAAGCGUCUCAUAUAUGGUAUUUCAAGUGCCUUUGAACAUUUUCAGAAAAAUAUUGAAAUGGUAAUUGCUGAUUGUGAAGGGGCAAAGAACAUCUCUGAUGAUAUUUUUAUCUGGGGAAAAACACAAGCUGAGCAUGACCGCAAUCUCGAUAAGGUUCUUCGUAAUCUUUCUGAGAAUGGCCUGCGUGUCAACCCAGAAAAAUGUGAGUUUAGCAAGAAUAAAAUUUUAUUUAGUGGAUAUACUCUCACAACAGAUGGCAUAUCUCCAGACCCUUCCAAAGUCACUGCAGUCAACAAAUUCAAAACACCAACAACAUCGACAGAAGUCAGAUCCUUUCUUGGUCUAGUAAAUUAUUGCAGUCAGUUCAUCAAAGACUACAGUACAUUAUCAGCUCCACUGAGGAAACUCACCAAGAAAAAUACACCAUUCAUAUGGACAGAUCUUGAACAGAAAUCAUUUGAUUUACUCAAAGAAAAACUUUGCACUUCUGAAACUAUGGCAUUUUACAAUCCUGAGGCGGAAACAGACAUAAUUGUUGAUGCAAGUCCGUAUGGUCUUGGUGCCAUACUUACACAGAAACAGAAAGAUGGAAACUUCAAGCCGGUAGCAUAUGGAAGUAGAGCAUUAACACCUGUUGAACAGAGAUACUCACAAACAGAACGAGAAGCUCUUGCAGUUGCCUUUGGCUGCACACACUUUCACUUUUUCAUAUAUGACCGUGACUUCGAUAUCACCACUGAUCACAAGAGUCUUUUGCACGUAAUGUCACCAACUUCCACAUCUCCACCACCGAGGAUCCAGAGAUGGCUUCUUCGCAUACAAGGGUAUAACUACAAAUUAAAAUACAUUUCUGGUGCCAAAAAUGCUGCUGACAUACUAUCAAGAGACCCUGUUUGUACAGACAGUGAAGGAGAAACUGACGACUCAAUUGAAUCCUUUAUCAACUUUACAGCAGCAGAAGCAGUACCUAAAAGCUGCAAUAUCGAAGAGAUACAAGAUGAAACUGCAAAAGACAUCAUUCUUCAAAAAGUCACCAAAGCCAUUAACUCGAAGGCCUGGCCAAAAGAUUCUGCUUUGAAUCCAUACAGACAUGCAAAGCAUGAGUUAUCCUUUGUGAAUAACAUUUUACUCAAAGGACAACGAAUUGUCAUCCCAAGCACUCUACAACAGAAAAUGUUGCAGAUAGCACAUGCUACGCAUCAAGGAACAACCAAAACUAAACUACUAUUACGUGAAAAAGUUUGGUGGCCGCUGAUGAACAAACAAAUCGAAGAUCUAACACUUACCUGUCAUGCCUGCCAAGUAACUGCACCCUCCACCACCAGGCAUGAACCGUCACAACCAACAGAAAUUCCCAAACAACCUUGGAACACUAUUGCAAUGGACAUUCAAGGCCCUUAUCCCUCUGGUGACAACCUGUUAGUUUUGAUUGAUUACAGAUCCAGAUACCCAAUAGUUUCUUCUAUCAAGAACACUGGUGUGCAAAACAUAAUAAAUGUUAUGAAGCGAACCUUUAGUAUUUUUGGUUAUCCAAAAACAAUUGUAACUGACAAUGGUUCACAAUUCACGUCCUUCAAAUUCAGCCGAUACCUUCAACAACAUGGUAUAAAACACCGGCGUACAACUCCAUACUGGCCACAAGCUAAUGGUGAGGUUGAGAGAUUUAACCGCACAUUGAAGCGACACAAUCAAACUGCUGUCAUCACUGGAAAGGAUUGGCGUAAAACUCUUGACACAUUCCUUUUGAGUUACCGAACCACACCUCAUACCGUAACUAAAGUUCCACCUGCAACACUGAUGUUCGGUAGACCGCUAACGAAUGAUCUUCCUGACGUUAGUCAACUUGUGAAAAGCAACAGUGAAUUGGAUAUAGAAGUAAACAAGAAUGAUGAAAAGCACAAACAGAAAUCCAAGGAAAACACCGACCAGAACCGCAAGGCAAAAACUGUCACUUUUGAAGUCGGACAAAAGGUAUUGUUGAAAAAUCUUACCGACAACAAAAACAAACUUUCACCGCCCUGGUUAAAGGAAGUCUUCACCAUCAUUAAAGUAUACAAACGAAGCAUCAUGGUUCGAAACAAGGAAGGAAAAACGUUUCUACGAGCAAACGGACACGCGAAACUGUAUAGAUCUGCGAAGGGUAAGCAAUCGAGUGUUUCUAACGCGCGAAACAGGGCAGACCCUUGUACCUGCUCAAGCAAUGCGAAUUUUGAUGAGAACCAACAAUCUAAACCGAAUGAUGGCCAUAACAAAGAAGAAGAUCUAUACGAAAAGAAAAACCACAAGAACGGUGCAAAAACCUACCCGAAACGACAAAGAAAAACUACAGAGCGUUACGUCAUCAUCAAUCCGAAGCGCAAGAAGAAGACUUAG